CACACGAUCGAGCGGAGCGCGGAUCAGACCGUUGGAGGCGGAUCACGGAUCGGUACUGCGCGCGCGUGUCCGGGAGGAUGGAGGACGAGCCGCACGAGACCCUGGACUAACGGGUCUUUCUUUUCUAUGGGAGCGGUGCGCGUUUUCCUGAAAGAGUGGAGUUUACAUUAAAACGCUACAUGAUACAAUGCCGUUUGCCAAACGGAUCGUGGAGCCCCAGUUUCUGUGCAGACGCACGGAGUCGGACGACGAGGGUUUACCGUUCCAGGACCUGUGCGCCAUCAGUAAUGUGGCUCUGUCUCGGACCCUGCGCCAGCUGUCGGACCUGGCCAAGCACGCGUGCUCUCUCUUCCAGGAGCUGGAACACGAGCUGGUCUCCACGAACCGCCGCGUCUGGACACUCCGGGAUAAAAUAAGCAGGAUCCAGGAGACCACGGACGCGCUCGACCCUAAGCAGGAGGCAGUGCCGGUCUCUAAUCUGGACAUUGAAAGCAAGCUGAACGGCCACUAUCAGGCCUCGUGGCAUCUGCAGAGAAAUGUGUUUUUACCAUCCACCCGGCCCGCGUGUGUGGAAGAGCUGCAUCGAAAUGCCAAACAAAGUCUGCGGGCGCUGUGCAGAGAUCAUCAGCAGAGACUGGAGGCCAGUGAGAGAGAGCGGAGGGUCACCAUCUCCAUCUCCGUGGCUCCGUCCGUACCCAUUCAUCCAUCCCCUCUCACGCUCCCGAGACGUGAGCACCUGACCACGGAGAGAACAGAAAGAGAUAUCGAAACUCAAACAACACAAACUCAGUUCCACAGCGCCCGGUCUUCAUCCCCUACUGAGUGUUGUCAUUUCUCCCCGUGGAGCAGAAAGGUUGCCCAUCCGGUUGAUUCUGAUUCAGAUGUGGUGGCUCUGGGCCACUGGCCAAAGUAUCCGAUCCCAAACGUUCCCUCAACGCUGGACAAACAGACAAACUGGCCGGGGGUCCUGCCACUGCCCACCCCAGAAGAGAAGAUGAAAACAGAUUCUCAAAUCAUCACCUCAUGCAUGGUCCCCAUUAACGUAACUGGGGAGGGCGCCGUCGCUACUUCUCCCUCAACGAUAUCAGCUUUCCUAAGGGUCGGCUUCGACAGAGAGGCUAGUGUGCGCUGCUCGCUGGUCCACUCGCAGUCAGUGCUUCAAAGACGGAGAAAGUUAAGACGACGGAAAACCAUCACUGGCAUACCCAGGCGUGUGCAGCAGGAUUUGGACUCUGAUGAGUCUCCGGUGGCCCGAGAGCGUACAGUGAUAGUCCACACUAACCCUGAGGUUUGCCAGGAGGACCUCACGCUCUCUCGUCUCUACACCAAGGACUCUGGCUGCCAGACUGAAGAAUUUCUAAUAGCUGGAGCUGCACCUUCCCGUCGUCGAAUAAGAGCACAAAGAGGGCAGAGCGUGACAGUGUUGCUUUCCCAUUCCACCGGAAACAUAUCCUCGCUGCCUGACACCUCAGAUGCGAUGUUCACCACCUCCGUGGGCACUCGUCUCCGCUCUCGAAGCCUGCCACGUGAGGGAGGGUGCCUAGUGGACGAAGGCCAUGAUGACAGUGAUGAGGAUGAUGAUGAGGACGAUGAGGAAGAACUCUCCCCUUUUGAGGCAGGGGAGUUCCUGCGAGUCCCAGGGGAAGGCAUUAUGAAAGAUGAUGGAGAAAGCACUGACGAUCAAGCAGUACUGGAAGAAAAACAGCAUAUUGGAAGCGCAGAGCAUGACUGGAUGGAUAGGGGUUGUUCCCGCUUUCCUCGGAAAGCUGACAUGGGUAGCUGUGAGAUUUCCUCUAGUUCUGACACCUUCAGUAGCCCCAUCCACUCCGUUUCCAACGCUGGUGUGCUGACCAGCCAGAUGGACCACAAGGAGGACCAUCAGUCGUCAAGCGGCAACUGGAGCGGUAGUAGCUCGACGUGUCCCUCCCAAACAUCCGAGACCAUUCCACCCGCAGCCUCUCCGCCACUCACCGGAUCAUCUCACGGCAAUUCAGAGCUAUCCUUAAAUGCAGCUACCAAUACUAUUGAUGAUUCCACAGGCUUCAUCAUUGACCCGUACUCUGGAGAGAGGACGCAAGGCCUCCGUCGCCAUAGGACAGGUUCAUUCACAUCCACCGCUACCGACAUGCUCGAUGAUGCUGGAGUCAGCACCGCUAGUGAGGGUGAAUGGACCUAUCCACACUACAGACACAACACACCUUGCCACCCAGACUUCAGUCCGGAGCGCACAAGGCGGGAGAACAGCCUAGAUUGUCCCAGUUUUGCUAGCAUAGCCACUUUUGAGAGUUUAACAGACCGGCCACCUUCCGAAAAGGCUGACACCGCCUCACACUUUUCUGUAGAUGCCGAGGGCUACUAUACCUCCAUGCACUUUGACUGUGGUCUUAAAGGUAGCAAAAGCUUCACGUACAACUAUGCAUCUGUAGACCAACAACAAGCCGAAUGCGGACAUCAAACAAACACGCUUGGGAGACGCAGUCUCUCUCUACGGAAACCAAAGGUGAAGCCAUUCCCGCCAAAACGCAGCUCAUCCUUGAAGAAAAUAAGCAGCCAUGUUGGACCUUCCGCUGACAAGAAAGAACCAAAGAUAGACGGCGGUCAGAACAUAUCAACGUCUUCCGGGGAGAGAAUGCAGCACGUGGGGUUAAAUGGCUACCCGAGUGAGCUGGAGAGCGAGGAGCUGCUCGGGGCUUGGGGUGUUGAGAGUUCUACAGAGAUUCCUGAUGUAGCUUUGUUUGGUUCCACAGAAACACAUUCCUUCAAAGACGAGGGUGCGGUACAGUCAGACUAUGCAGACCUCUGGCUCCUCAAUGACUUGAAAUCUAGUGAUCCUUACAGAUCAUUGUCCAAUUCCAGCACUGCUACGGGUACCACUGUCAUCGAAUGCAUUAAGUCACAGGAGAGCUCAGAAUCCCAGACAUCCCAGUCAGGAUCCAGGGCCACCACUCCUUCACUACCAUCAGUGGAAAAUGAAUUUCGAUUGCCUUCGCCGGAAAAGCUUGUAGGUCUAGCGUCACCCUCCAGUGGCUACUCAAGCCAGUCAGAGACACCGACAUCCUCCCUUCCAUCAGCUUUCUUCCCAAACGCUCAUUCAAUGUCCCCCACCGGUGUUAAGAGGAAACCCAAAGUCCCAGAGAGGAAGUCUUCGCUUGCAUCCUUGCAGCAAUAUUCUUCCAAAAGGGAUCUUGAACCACCUAUCAUACCUCCCAGCCACCUUGACCUAAGUGCCCUUCCUAAUGUCAACAAGCCUUCAGUUCACAAAAAACAGAUGCACAUUCUCAACCAGAGCAAACACAAGGUGGCUACUGAAACUAAGGGUGAGAAUCAAACCUCCUCUGCUUCAAACGAUCAGCCAACAAUCACUAGUCUACUGGCCAUCACUCCAAUGGUCCUGCGAUCAGUUCAGCUCCGUUCAGUUGGCAUAUCAGGUGAAGGAGGUCAUGAUGCUGCCACCAGGCCUAAGUGUCCCACUGUGACUUUCAUCACUCCAACCACUCGCAACAAAUCCAACGAAACUAGGAAACCACCACCCUACAGACCCCUUCUCACAGAAUCCCCCUCUCAGGAUAACUGUGAAUCACUGUUUACCCCAACAGAUGGACUCACUGAUAAACAUAUAGCCGGCCAUUUUGGUGCACGGAAUAGAUAUGACCGUUUAGCCCCAUCACCUCUUUGGAGCUUGAGUGCUUUGAAGGCUGAGCAGGUGGUUGACGUCACGUCAGAGAAUUCUGAAAGUCCGAAAGGUAAGGGUGCAGAUGAAGCGAGCGACUCAAAGACCUUCACUGUCCAGAAAGAACAUCUAGAAAUGGUGCAAAACCAGCAAUUGAGAUCUGAGCCACAUGACGGAAGCUCCUCAAAUCUGACUGAGACAGAUGAUAUAGCGACGAGGUCAGACAGUUUCGACCAAGUGCCUGAUAUUGUCAAUCUAAGAUCUGAAACAUUGCAAGUUCAUCCAAUCAGCGGUGCUGUUAGCCACAAAGAUGAAUAUGUGAUAUCAGGUGUACCAACCAGAAGUGCCUCACUGGAAUAUGUAGAGGAAGGGUCAACGCCAGACACGGAGGACUACUUCAGCCAAGAUUCCACACCGAGUGAUCCAAUGGUGUCCCCUCUGACAGACGAAUCAAAACCUGAGGAUGAUAGCGUUUUCCUUUCACCAAGUAAAAGUCGUACAACAGAGGAUCUCUUCGCCAUGAUUCACAGGUCCAAAAGGAAAAUGCUUGGAAGGAAAGAAUCUGGAGACAUGACGACACGGGAACGUUCCGGGAACGGCCCUGUUACCAGUCCUGUAACCUCACCGAGCACCCCAAACACACCUCCAAAUCUAGCCGCUCAAACUGCAUCCCAGAGAGCACUGGGUCAAAUUUACAGGAGUGCCAAAAAGUCCAAUACCUCCAACGAAGAUUUCAAAUUACUGCUGUUGAAAAAGGGAAGUCGCUCCGACUCCAGUUACCGCAUGUCAGCCGCAGAGAUCCUAAAGAGCCCUGUUGCUCCCAAGAGCCCCGGUGAACUCCACAUGGAAGAGCCACUCUCUCCAUUACAACCAUCUCCAGAGCGUUCACCUGAACAAAUAUCAAGCCCUUUUCCAAAAACGUACGCAGAGGGCUUCACCACAAAAGCUUUUUCCGCAUCUGCCUCAUCUAGACAAGGUCGUUCACGGAUGCCACCUUCUGCAAACAGCAGCCGCUACAGUACACGAAGCCGGCUGUACACGGCUCCCAUGCAGGCCAUAUCAGAAGGGGAGACGGAGAACUCAGACGGAAGUCCUCAUGAUGAUCGGUCCUCCUGAAAUUCACCUUUAAGUCACAAUCUUUGACAUCGGGCACUUGGUUUUUGUGUUUUUAGAAAAAACAGUGUACCCUUGUUUUAACCAGAGGAACAUCACAUUCUCAUGUUGAUUUUUAGUUUAAAAACUUCCGUGAGCAUAUUUAUUUUAUGUGAAUGCUUCGAGUACCAGGCAACAUUUCGUUUUGGAAUGAUCACAUUGGAAGUAUUAACAAGUCAUCUAUACAGCUGUACAAACGUUUAGCGUUGUCUAGAACAAAAUAACAGUACUGUAUUGGGGCUAACUGUGAAAAUGGGUCCAUAUGGUGUUCAAAGAAGGGAAAACCUUUUUUUCUGUACAUGCAAACUGUUCAUGGCAGGCAGACAGCUUGGGACAAUCAAAGAGUGGCCUUUUGUAUAGUUAGCUGUAGCAUAAACGGACAGAGUAUUUUUGAGAAGCAUCUCAGAUUUACUCUUAAACCGUAACUGGAUCUUCUUGGGCGAGAAAUGUAGCCGUGUUGGGUUAUCUGAUGGCCAACUACUAUUUUGCACUUCUUUUGGUACUGACACAAUGUCCCAUCGUAAGAUUUUGAAAAAGAAAAUCCCACAUGAAAUAAAUAUCUAUAUUUAGUAUACGCAUUUUGAAAAAAAAUCUAUUUUUAGAUUGACCUUAAAAAGCGAAUGGACUAUUUGGCAAACGCGGAACACAAGCUUGCAACCCUUUUAUUGGCUAGAUAUUGAAAUUAAAAAUGCGUAUAUCGAAUAUGCUGCAAGUCUCUCGUCAUUUGAUAGUCGCCCUUUUUAUGACUUUUUUAAGCUUUUAGAGACUUAGUGAUAGAGAAAAGCACAUCAGCGUAACCCAUUGUUUAUAUAUCAAUGAAUUGAUCUGUUGAGGUAUAUCGACAGCAGCCACAACAUGAUCAUCGGUCGUAUUCUGUGAAUACUGUACAAUCCUUGUAAUUUCUCAUUUAUUAACUAUUCUAUUCUUCUCACUGCAAGUUUUUUAUAAAAUACCGACCCACGACAGAUUAAUACUGUGCAAAUGUUGGACAGUCACCCUAUGAAAUGAUCCCUCUCACCUUAGUGGUUGUAGCUUUUAUAUAUUUCACCUUAACACUUAUGAAUUGAGUUAAGUGCAUGCAAUAAAACAACACCAGAGAGGAGACCGUAUUGAUAGAUCAUCUGUAUCGUCCUUUCAGUUCAUUUACAUGAUUGAUAUGGCAAGCGUUUUAAACACAACUGACAAUCUGUUUCAAAGAUAUGUAUGUGUGGUUAAACAGACUACGGGAGAAAGAUAUUGUAACACAUGUAGAAGGUUAAGUAGAAGUUUUUAGACGCGUGAAGUGAAAGUGCUUUUGGUUUGCGUUGCAUUGGGUUUGAAUUUGCGAUGUUCAGAAGGCAAUGAGGAAAGUGCACAGAUGGAUAACAAGGGUAUCAGUUUUGACACUGAUGGAAAACACAUUGUUUUUAGUAUCGCCGCGGUCCUUCCGAAAGCUCGGAUGUCCGAAUUCGCUGUUUUUCAGGAAAUGAAAAAAAAACACUGUACUUUUUAAAUGAUUAAAUACUGUGGUGUCAAAGUUGAAAAUCACUUUUUAAUACUAAUAACUACUAAACUAAAAAUAAUACUAAUAAUGAUUUAUGGCAAAAAAUAAAAAUCACAGAAUAUGGAGCUACGAGGUUCCAGAAGGACAGCAGCGAUGUGCUGUGGUGGUUUAAUAGCACGUAUAACGAAUACAUCCAAAGAAAGAGUUCAGCUGGUGGUGUGUGGACAGCAAGAUGGGUCAGGACAGUUUUUUCUUCGCUGAUUUAAUAAAUCUGCGCCUAAAGGAUGUGAAUAAGACGCAGAUCAAAGGAAAAUAGUUAAAAGGUUGCAAAGGACUGAUGAGUUAAAUCUGAACACUACUGGUUUAAGUUAUCCUUCACAGAACUUUAAACUCCUUGUCUUAGUCCUUUUUAGAGACCCACCUGAAAAGUGUUGGAUUUUAUGAAAUAUUGGGCUUUGAUCAAUUAUUUAUGAAUUGCUUUUCUUUCCAGAGGUUAAGCUUUAUUAGGAAAACACUGGUUUUAGAGGACAGAUGAAUUAUACCACUCAUAAAUAAUAUAAAAAUGCUGAAAACAUAAGCUACAAUGUUAAUGAUCCUUUUAAACCCAGUGGUUCACCGUGUCCAGUGGUGUAUUUGACAUUUCUCUCCAACUAUAUGUACUUGCCAUUGUAAGAUUCUACUGUUUUUCUGUCUUGUUCGGUAAGAGAGACCAAGGAUAUUAGCUGUCCUCAGCUAGUUCAUCACCGAUAUUUCCAUGCUUGUGCUUUAUAAAUAGACGUCAGACAAAUGAAAACCAUUGUCUUAAGUUACAGAUCUGAAAGGCGGCAACGACUGUUCAUUGUCUCCAACAGACAUUCUUAAGGCACCGUUCCAACAUUGUAAAGUCUAACCUUAAAAUUUGCACUGAUUUAGUAUGUUUGUGAAAGUUAUUACAUUGUCUUUUGCUGUACCUAAAGAUAUUUAUACAGGAAUACAGAUUCUAGACAAAACACCAUUUUACGGUUAAUAAACAAUGCAUGCUUGACGAGUGGACACCGAGAUUUGUGUACCAAGCGUGUUGGAAGUUUCUGAAACACACAGUUACAUGAUGUCACUUCUGGUACAGAGUGAAGUCUUCAAGCAACUAAAAUACAAAAUAACUUUUUUCUUCCUUUUUGUAUAAAUGUGUAAAUAAUACCUUUUGAAAUUGUCUCCAGGGUGUUUCUUAUGUCAAAUGUUUUCAAAGUUUACAUUAUAAGCCUUUGUAUAUUUUUGAGCUGUGCAACACUUUGAGUCUUGUAUUUAUUUUUUAGUCAACUUUGUGGAAAGUCCCAUCGCAAAAUGUCUCGAACCGUUUGCCAACUUGGCUGGCUGUUUAGUAAAUGUGCAUAGAAGAGAUAAAUAAAUGUGACCGCUUUAAAACAGUUUGUACUUGCGUGUGUGUUACAAUCUUUGUAGUAUUUACAAUAUGAGGACACAAUGUUUUUAAUUAAUUCAGUCAAGCUCUCAACAUUUUCAGACAAGUUAGUGUAGUGUGUUUUUCCAUCAAUUUGCAAAUAGACAAAAAAGAAUACAAAUAAAAGGCACUUUGCUUGAUUAAGGUAUUAACUUGA